UAAUUUUGUUGCUAAGUAACAUUCGAGCACAUUUUCUCAUUAAAGUUACUUUAUUUUGUAGGACAAGUACGGAUGUGUGGGUGGAGCAAGUGCAGUUAAAUAUUUAACAAGGAUAAUGAAUGUAGUGUUAUAUGGAAAUGUACGUAUAAAUCUCUCAUUCUUGUCGAAAGUGAAGGUUACAUCACGGAGAGGAUGAGCUAGCUAACAUGAGCUCAACUCACCGGUAGUGUGCGUAGUUCACCAACGCCAACCAUGCAAAUAGGGUGCCAAACAGGAUAAACCAUCUGUAUUUAGGAACCUGUGUCUCCCGAUGGCGGGAUUGUAUCGAUUUGCGUUUUUAAAUCGUGUUUCCAAAUUAAAUCCCCCCACAGGAUUGGUACCGUUCCUCAGGUUCGGCUAUUAUGCGCCUGGAUCUCCUAACACCGCCAAAACACAGCCGACAAAAUACCUUACUACUAUGGCUCAGAAACUAGGCCAGCACGAGUUUCCCUGCUCAAGGCUUCUGUCAAGCACAGCUUCAAAUAAAGAUGGAAGAGCUCGAAUGAAGAGAGUGUCAAUCGAGGGCAACAUUGCUGUGGGAAAGUCGACUUUUGCGAAACUUUUGACGACAGCAUGUCCAGACUGGGAGGUGGUAGCAGAACCUGUCAGCAAGUGGCAGAACAUAGAAAGUGGUACUUCUAAGGGGACAGAUAAUUCACCGCAGAGAACAGUCAGCAACCUACUGCACAUGAUGUACCAGGACCCCCAACGGUGGUCAUACACCUUUCAGACAUACUCCUGUAUGAGCCGGCUGAGGACACAGCUGCAGCCUCCUCCAGCUCGCCUGCUGAACACAGAGGGGAUACCUGUGCAGGUGUAUGAACGCUCAAUCUACAGCGACAGAUACAUCUUUGCUCUGAACAUGUUUGAGCUGGGUUGUAUCAACUCUACCGAGUGGGCAGUCUACCAGGAUUGGCACUCCCUCCUGGUUCAGCAAUUUGGACACCAGGUGGAGCUGGAGGGCAUCAUCUAUCUCAGAGCCCCACCACAGGUAUGUAUGGAGCGUCUGCAGAAGCGGGGAAGGGCAGAGGAAAAGGGAGUGAAACUAGACUAUCUGGAUAAGCUUCAUGUUCAGCAUGAGAGGUGGCUUGUUGAGAAGAGCACAGAGGUACAUUUUGAGAAGUUGUCACGGAUACCUGUGUUACAUCUCGAUGCAAGCGUUGAGUUUCAGAGUGAUUCGGAGGUGCGGGAACAAUUAAUAACAAAGGUGAAGAACUUCUUUAACGCUUUAUGAGAAGAUGACCCUCAGCUGUGAGCCAAAGUUGGAAACACCUCAGACCAGUCAUAGACCUCAUCCAGUCAGUGUCUUCACUGACACAACAUAAUGUGAAGGGAGCAUAAAGCAAUAUAAAAAGGUUUUAUAAGGAUCAAGGACCAUGAAACACAAACACACACUGUGUAAUAUUUAUGAAACUGUUUCUGACUUCUAGACUUUAACAUGUUGUCAUUGUUUUUAUUUGUUUACUUAUUCUACUUGAAAUAUAUCCAAUAAAACUCAUAUAGCUGAAUACCGAAACACAGGUCAUUUUUAUAGCUUGUGUAAAUUAUAAACUAAAUCUGUAAUGUUACUGCUAUGAAGACCUGGAAACAUUCUUUACGAGAAAUGUUACCAGUUUUGUGCAUAAAUAACUCUCUGGUGUUAGAAAAUCAGACAUUAUUGUGCUGAUGCUGUUUGUUCAUAAAUAAAACUCAAUUGUUUUACAUUU